GCGGCGACGGUGCCGGCGGCGGAGGCCGAGCCAGGCGGCGGGUAGAAAAUGGCGGAUUUCGAGGAGCUCAGGGGCUAUCAGUCCCUCCUGCCACUGCCCAUCAUCUGACAUAUUCUUGAUCUGUCGUUACUCCUAGAAUAUGGUAUCGAGUUUUCGGGUGUCUGAACUGCAAGUGUUGCUGGGUUUUGCCGGACGUAACAAAAGCGGGCGCAAACAUGACCUCCUCAUGAGGGCUUUGCACUUGCUGAAGAGCGGCUGUAGCCCAGCGGUUCAGAUCAAGAUCCGUGAACUCUACAGGCGCCGCUACCCCAGGACAAUUGAAAGCCUCUCUGACUUGACUGCGCUGAAGUCUUCGGUUUUCAACCUGGACAGUGGCUCUUCUUCGGCGGAGCCCGACUUAGCCGUGCCCGGAUUGCAUCCUGCACCUUCCACUUCGGCCGCCCCUCAGUCACCUGCCUCUCCUCUUGCUUCAGUGUUACUCCAAGACACCAAGCCUCGUUUUGAGAUGCAGCAGCCGUCCCCUUCGGCCCCUCCAGUGCAUCCCGACGUCCAGUUGAAGAAUCUCCCUUUUUAUGAUGUGCUGGAUGUCCUCAUAAAGCCUACCAGCUUAGUACAGAGCAGUAUUCAGAGAUUCCAGGAGAAGUUCUUUAUUUUUGCUUUAACACCUCAACAAGUCAGAGAAAUCUGCAUUUCCAGGGACUUUUUGCCUGGAGGCAGAAGAGAUUACACGGUGCAGGUUCAACUCAGACUAUGCCUAGCAGAAACGAGCUGCCCUCAAGAGGACAACUACCCCAAUAGUUUAUGCAUAAAAGUAAACGGGAAGCUGUUCCCAUUGCCGGGCUAUGCUCCUCCACCGAAAAAUGGAAUUGAACAGAAGCGGCCUGGACGUCCCUUGAAUAUUACGUCAUUAGUUAGACUUUCCUCUGCGGUGCCAAACCAGAUUUCUAUAUCCUGGACUUCUGAAAUUGGAAAGAAUUACUCAAUGUCCGUGUAUCUAGUGCGCCAGCUGACUUCCGCCAUGUUGCUACAGAGACUAAAAUUGAAGGGCAUCAGAAACCCUGAUCAUUCUCGGGCGCUGAUUAAAGAAAAACUCACUGCUGAUCCAGAUAGUGAAAUUGCUACCACCAGCCUGCGGGUAUCGCUGAUGUGUCCUCUGGGGAAAAUGAGGCUGACCAUCCCCUGCCGGGCUGGGACUUGCACUCACCUGCAGUGCUUUGACGCCGCUCUCUACCUGCAAAUGAACGAGAAGAAACCGACCUGGAUCUGUCCGGUCUGUGAUAAGAAAGCGACGUAUGAGAACCUCAUCCUGGACGGGCUCUUCAUGGAAAUUUUGAACGAAUGUUCGGACGUCGACGAGAUCAAGUUCCAGGAGGACGGUUCCUGGUGCCCCAUGAGGCCGAAGAAGGAGCCCUUGAAAGUUGUUAGCUCACAGUGCCCCAAAAUAGAAAUUCUGCACGCUCCGGGGGCCGCCGUGAUGGGCAAGCAGGGCUCCAGCCCGGCCGGCGAGGUCAGCAAGAAGAAGGUGGACGUCAUCGAUCUGACUGUGGAAAGUUCCUCCGAGGAAGAGGAGGACGCCCCGCCCAAGCGGAAGUGCAUCUACAUGUCGGACACCCAAGCGAGUCCCACGAAAGGUGUCCUUGUGUAUCAGCCAGCAGCUGUACGAGUCCCGGGCGUCAGCACGGUGGAUUCUACAGCCAUAGCCCCGUCGUUAACAGGCUACUCUGUGCCCUUCCACAAUCCACCCAUAUCCAGCAUUUCGUCUGACUUGCCUGGCUUGGAUUUUCUCUCUUUAAUCCCAGUUGAUCCACAGCAGUACUGUGCUCCUAUGUUUUUGGAUAGUCUCGCCUCGACCUUGCCAGCAAAUACCACAUCUGGCAACCUCCUCACCUCCUCCAGCCCGGUCGAAAGCAGCCCUCGCGUUAGCUCUUCGGGCCGGACCGAGACGGCCGUGCUCACCAGCAGCAGCAGCGGUGGGAGCAACGUUCCCGAUAUCAUCUCCUUGGACUAAAAAGCUGAUGAACCUCUUGCCAGUCUGGACUGCCUUCUUCACAGCUUGGAACUUUUAUUUUAAAUAUUUAUUGGGAGAAAACAGACCGCUUUGGAUUCCACACACCUCUUUUCGUGCGGAUUAACGGUGGAAGAAAACUUAACUGGAAGAAUUUUUUUUUUUCCUUUUUUUCAUCCUGGAUGUUUUAUUCUUUUUCUUUCUCUCUCCUCUCUCUCUUUCUGUUUUGGGAAAAAUAUUUUCCAACAAGCCAGCCUUUCCAUUGUAUGGUGGUGAAACUCUCACCGUUUUGCUAUGUGGAUUCAAAGGAUGAAUGAUAACUUUGGGUUAGAUCUAGCAAUAAUGUAAAAACAAACAAAAAACAAAAGCGGUGUUUAAUAAUGCACUUAAUUACUCGAGGGACAAGAAUCUGCCUUAUCCCAGAUCUAAGGACAAGAAGUUUAAAUUUGGGGGGAAUUCUUGUCCUUUUUGCUGUGGGCCCGGAAAGAAAUUCUUUAAUAGAAAAGAUGCAACUUUGCAAACUUAACGGUUGUAUAAAGUGUUCACCUCUUCCUUUCCUCUUCAGUGAGAUCGUAAUCCCUCUCGUAAAUCUGAAAUGGUGUUCCUAUUUAGGAGUGCGCGCUCUCCUGGAACCCAUCAGUUGCAAGUGCAAAAAAACCAACAACAGCUCUGUGAGAACUGGGAGGAAAAGAAUGCUAUGCAAAGUCCGUUUCCAUCCAUCUAAUCCGUGUUUGUAAAAAAUGUGAAUACGAUGUUCCAACGUUUAAUUUUUAGGUUGGGUCGUCCGUUCUCGCAAGAGGAAGAGGGCGAGGCAGCAAUGGCGCCUUCAGCUCUUGCAAAAUAGCUGGUGCUUCGGGGCCUCUGGAUGGGGCCUUAGCAUCUUUAAUUUUUUUUUUUUAAUCUGCACAAGAAUCAUGAAAUUGAACUUGCUAUCGCUCCGAUCGUGGCUAGCGGGAAGAUUGGCCCUCAGUUGUCUUUUAAGAGUUGUUUAAUCCGAGUAGCUUAUAUGAGCCAGGAAGAAUCAUCGGGGUUUUUUUUUUUUUGAGGGGGUGGAAGAAAGGGGAAAAAAAGUCAUCGAAGGAAGCAGAUGAAAGCUUUUGAGCAUCGUGAGCAGCUGUGCUUUUGGGGGAGGGGGGGGCAAAAUGAAGUUGCCAAAACGAUCCCAGGAAGAGCAUUGCUCAAGAGUGUCAUCCUUGGUAGAUAAGGUCCUGAGUAUUUCGUAAGUAAGCAGCUUCGCUGCUCUUUUCCUUGUGCAGCAUCUGUGAUCCUGGGAAUCUUCCAAGAGGAGCCCCCCCUCCCCCGUUGCAAAGUGCUUUCCCACUGUCCGAUUUUUGUACCCGAGGACCCUCAAGGGCCAGCUUGUUUUUAUCGAAUGCGGUGUUUAAAGGGUCUCCAAAAGCACAGAAGCAGCCACUACUUAGGCCGGAGUGUCUAACCUUCGCCAUUUUUAAGACCGGUGGACUUCAACUCCCAGAAGUCCCCAGCCAGCAUGGCUGCCUAGGAAAUUCUGGGAGUUGAGGUCCACAGGUCUUAACAGUGGCCAAGGUUGGACACCCCUGGCCUGGAUCCAUCAAAACAAAUCCUGAAAAAUUGCAUGUUCUAGUUUCUAUUCCCGAGGUCAGGUCGGCAUUCACGCCUUAGGGGGUCCUGCGAACCUUUUUAACGAAACUUCCCGUUUCUCUUUAAUCGUCGGACGGGAAGCAUUUUGAGGCAGCAUAGAUGAGGUUAAGAAAAGCUCUCAACUCCCUGUUUUUCUCCCUACUCUGUUGAAACGUUUCCGAAUUUGUUAACCAUGAAAUUCUUCCCGCGCACGCGGUGCUUUCCCGCCCUGCCUUUUAACUUCCUUGCGAAAGUCUUGUUUCUUCUUUUAUCCGACUGUGUUCCUAAACAUGCAAGGGCAUUGCCGGAUCAAUCUUUUGCACUUCCUAGCCUCGCCAAGUCUUAAUAUUUAUAUAGAGUAUCUGGGCCACACAUAAUGCCUAAAAGGACGGAAGGUGUGAUUUCCCUGCAGACAUUCUGUCCCAAACGACGCUUGUUCUGUGCCAGACGGCUGUCACUUUUUUUAAGCUUGCCUUUCAUCCGUGUCCGCUAAUUUUCUAUCCAUGAAUCUGAUUCUGUCUCUUUUUGAGCCUUUGGUUCAACGCAACAACACCCUUUGCUACUUUUUGAAAUCUCUUUUUCAGUGCUGUUCAAAAGGACUUUUCCCCGCCCGUCAUUUUCAACUUGCUGUGCUGUGGCUUCUAAAAGUCCCGGAGAGAUACACUAAAAACUCAGGCGACGUCUCUUGGGAAUUUUUUUUUUUUUUUUAAAAAAAAAUCCUCUUUGUUUCAGAGCUGAAUGUUCAGGCGUCUGAAUCCAUGAAAGUUUAAGCCAUACUUUUUGAUGAAGUGAUGCAAUUAGCACGUGGGGGAUUUUAAAGACAAAAUAAAAAUGCCAUGCUGGAUUGUUUUUGCAAUCUUUUCUCCCAACUUUUAGAAGCAGCCUUUCCUGGGCUAAGCAAGGGAUGAUACGUACUGGGGCAACAGAAGCCGCUGAAUUUGCAUAAACCUGAUGUAAUCACUGUGUCUCAGAAAUUCUCGCCAGAAAACCCGUCGAGUGGAAUGGAGAAAAUAAAAAUCCCGACUCGAUAAUUCUA